AUGAGCAUGUCAAGGAUUCGAGCGACCCGGGGAUACAUGGCGCCUGAAUGGAUCAAAAUAGAUCAGAUCACAUCAAAAGUUGACGUUUACAGUUUUCGAAUGGUGUUGCUGGAAAUUGUGAGUGGGGUAAGGAAUGUUGAGAUACAAAGCUCAAAAACAAAUGGUGAGGAUUGGUAUCUACCUAGGUGGGCAUUUAAUAAGGUCUUCAAGGAAAUGAAGUUGGAGGACAUUUUGGACCAUCGGAUCAAACAAAGUUAUGAUAAUCGGAAUCAUUUUGACAUGGUUAAUCGGAUGGUGAAGACCGCAAUGUGGUGCGUUCAAGAUCGACCCGAUAUGAGGCCAUCAAUGGGGAAG